GUCAUGCUGCUAUAUUUGGAACUAUUAUUGCAAUUCUUUGUCAAUUUUCUGGAAUCAACUCUAUUAAUUAUUAUAUGGCUACUUNGAUGCAUGAAGUUGGUUUUAGUAGUGUUCAUGCUGUCUAUUCCAGUANGANAGGUAGUGGGACUUUGUUACUGUUUACUAUUCCUGCCAUUUAUUUUAUGGACAGAAUGGGAAGAAGAGUUUUAUGGUNAAGUCUUUUACCUGGAGUAUUGGUUGGUUGUUUCAUUAUUGGUUUUAGUUUUAGAGCCAGCAAUCUUCAUAUGGAAGAAGGCAUCUAUAUUUGGGGUAUUANAACUUAUUAUAUGUUUUGGGGUUCUGGAAUGGGACCUUAUGCAUGGGUAUUGGGUUCAGAAAUAUAUCCAACCUAUAUUCGAAGUGAAGGAAUGGCACUUGNGACUUGGUGGACUUAUANAGGCAAUUUUANAACAACUUAUUGCUUUACGAAAANGAAAACGGCUANGACUGCCCCAGGAAUUUUCAUUGGUUUUUAUGGAGGAUUUGUUACUAUUGCGUGGUUCUAUGCCAUGUUUANGAUGCCUGAAACUAAAGAUAAGACUCUGGAGGAAANAGAUGCUUUGUUUUCUAUGUCUAUGCCCGAUUNAGCUAGGCAUAAUUGGGAAAGCGUUAAACAGACAGUGGAUGAUCUUUUGCAUUUCCGAUNGAAACAAGUUUGGAAAGUACAGAGGUGAAUAAUGUAACCAAUCAAGGUUAAUUAUGUUUGAGUUGAUUGUUAUUGUGCAUGUUGUGAUUUGUUUUUUUUGAAUAAAAUGAGAUGGAUAUUC